AUGGAUUAAACUGUUGUUGAUUAAUUGUCUUUAGAUGCCAUACCUUAUUAUCAAGAAUAAUUGUAUGGAGCACUCUCUUUAGUAAUAGAACUAUAAAAUAGAAUCGAAGCUGAAAAUUAAAUUACAGAUAAUAUUGUCGUUAAAAUAUAAGAUGACAAUAAAAAUGAAAUCUAUUAACAUGUUUUAGAUUUUGAUGAAAAAAACAUUGAUGAUGUAAUCUAAGAAAUGAAUGAAAAAUGUUUAUCAUAAUUAGAAGAAAUAGAUUAAGAAACAUCUAAAUAAGAUGAACAAAUAUUUAAUAUGAAUUAAGUAACUCUUUAUUAUUAUAUUCAAGAAAAUAGAUGAUUUAGAAGAUAUUAUUACUAAAUAUAUUACAUAAACAAAUAAAGAUUAAGUAGUCUUAAAUCAAUUAACUAAUUUUAUUAAAGAUAAAUAAUUAUUACUAUAAGAUAUCAAUUUAGAAAUCAAAGAAUAAGAGUAAAUUAAUAAACAAAAUUAAUAAUUUAUUAAAAGAAGAAUGAAAUUAGAAAGAUAAAAACAAUAAGAACUAGAUGAAAAGACGCUUUUAAAAUAAAAAAAAUAGGAAUAAAAAUUAUUAUUAAAAGAAAAAACUGCAAAAAAUGAAGAACUUUUAUUGUUAACAUUAAUCGAUGAAAAAAAAAGAUUGCAAUAUGAAUUAGAUGAAUUAGUUAAUGGUUAAGAAUAAAAAGUUUAGUAAUUACUGAGUUAAAUGGAAACUACUGUUAUGGAAGAAGAUGAGAAAUCUAUUGUCACAUCUGUUAUUUAAAGAGAGAGUUCAAAUAAAUCAAACUAUGAAAGAAAAGAAAUACAAGAAUAACCAAAAAAUAGAACAUGUUGUGGAGAAUGCAUGAUAUUUUGA